AUGAAGCUCACAGGCCUCCUUACCCUCACUCUCGCCUUCAGCGCCUUCGCUGAGCCCAUCCCCAAACAGAAGCGCGCCCUCGCCGACUACACAGGCGUCUUCGACAAGAUCAGCACCCAAGUCGGUGCAGUCUCCGACAGCGUCGCCUCCUACGUUGGGGGCUCAACCCCGGGAACCGACGUCCAGGAUGCCGCAAACACCCUCGUCGACGUGAUCAACGACGGAGCGACCAGCGUCAGCGGCUUCGACCCUCUCAGCAACUCCGACGCCCUCGCGCUCGUUUCGCCCAUUGAAACCCUCACCGGUGACGUCGGCAGCCUUGUGGAUGCUGUGAUUGAUGCGAAGCCGAACUUUGAUAGCGAUGAGCUUUCGGCUGAUGUCCUGUCCUCGCUUCAGGCGCAGAAGACCGCUGCUGAGGCGCUCCGUGAUGCUGUUACUCCUAAGGUUCCUGAGGCGCUGCAGGAUAUUGCUGCUGAGUUGGCGGAGGGGAUUGUUACCGAGAUUAACCGUGGUAUUACUGCCUAUUCUUGA